CGUAAGAACUCAUCGUUGACGAUACAGUUCUAACAUUUUAAUUACACUGCAAUGUGUUUAUUAAUAAAUAAUGCCAUUACUUAGCGUAAAUAACUCUAUCAAGACAUCAUAAAUAGACAACCGUGAGAGUGUGACCAAACCACGGACUAAAGUUUCGCUAAAUCUGGCAUACGGAUUAGAAAAGACCACAGUAUCUGUAGUCAGUUGAAGACAUAGAAACAUCAUCUGGAACAGUAUUACUAAUAGUUUAGUCUCGCUGGAAAGAUGAAAAGGCAAACGAGUCCCUCAGACAUUUACUAUAAAAUGCUUUCGGUUAUACGUUUUUGCUCACGCCGGAUCGGUUGUGAUAUUAUCGCUGAAGAUUACAAAAUCAACUUAAACACAAUGGUCGUUAUUGUAGCCAUUGGCGCGUAUUACCUUUGUUCGGUGCAUACGAUUAUGAAAUAUAUUGCGACAGAUUGGACGGUGUUGCUUGAUGUUUUCUCACCGGUCAGCUGCACCACACAAGGAAUGGUGAAAUUGAUUUCAGUACUAUUGUAUCCAGAACUCUAUCGAAAACUAGCACUGGACAUCGGUCUAAUUUAUGAGAAAUACCAAGAGUUGGGAGCAGCAUACAAAGAGAAACUGCUUGAAUGGAAUACGAAUAUGAAAAAACUCUUAAUUGCAAUCGCAAUUGUGUAUUUCCUCACGGCGUUGCUAAUUUUAUGCACCCCGAUUGUGCUGUACAUAUUUAAGGGUGAACGUCACCUCAUAUUGCUUUGCCAGGUGCCCGGUUUCGAGGUGGAUACGUUUCAUGGUUAUUGGGUGACCAAUGCCUUCAAUGCAUUAUGCGUUUUCAUAGCCGCUUUCGGUUUAUAUGCUGGCGAUUUGUAUUUAAUACUCUUUUUGACACACUCAAUAUUCUUUCGCGAUAUAUUAACUCUGAAAAUCGAUGAUCUACACAAAUUGAUAGAAGCAGAUGAUAAGGAAGACCGUCAAACAAAAUUGGUGAAAGAUAUAGUGGAGUGGCAUCAGUAUUACUUGGAGUUUAAUGAUAAGUGCAAUUUGCUCUUCUUUUGGACCAUCUCCGCACAUAUUAUAUGCACCACGCUGGGUAUCUUAAGCACUCUACUCAUCGCUAUGCUGAAGGAUUGGCCUGGCGCCUAUGCGUAUCUGUUGGUGUGCUUUAUCUGGUUGUAUAUGUAUUGUAUACUUGGUACACGUGUUGAAAUCAAUAACGAUCGAUUCUGUACUGGGAUCUACGACAUCAACUGGUAUUCCUUAGAUGUGCGUAAUCAAAAUACCAUACGUUUAAUGCUAAUGCAAUCGCAGGCACCAAAAAAUAUAACCAUCGCAGGAGUUGAACCGUUAUCGGUUAGCACAGCACUCAAGAUAACACGCACAAUUUACAGUUUGGUUAUGAUGGUACUACGUUUCCAAAAUAAACAGUAGAUAUUAUGGAAGAUUUGUAGACAUGGAGGUGAAAUGACUCUUCAGAUCUAAUAGUAUUUACACAGCUUCUAAUUUCAAGUUCAAGGUCAACAAUGAACUCAAUAAAUAAAGAGAUACAUUUAGUAUUUUCAAAGCACAGAAUCAUUGAACUUAGUUAUUGCUCGAUUUUGAUAUAGCUGAUAGUCCA